CCCUCGUAUCUCAUCGUCCGAGUAUACCGGCAACUCCAGCUCGUUUCUCUCCUGGCUGUCGCUCGGACAACCUAGUACUAUCGACGACCGGAGUUUUAUUCCCGAUUCGAACCAAUUCUGAAGGCGUUGAAGACCCGGCGAACCACAUUUUACAGUAGAAGCGUACAGCAUGGCAGUCGAAAAGGAAAGCACUCUCGAGGUCGAGGGUGCAUCGUUGUAUACUAAAUCAUGGGAGCCCGAAGGGCCAAUCAAAGCGAAGCUCAUCUUCAUCCACGGAUUCAGCGACCAUAUCAACCGAUACUACGGCUUCUUCCCGUCACUCGCAGCGUGCGGAAUCGCCGUUUACGGGUUCGACCAACGCGGCUGGGGACGCAGCGUCAAGAAGCCAGCCGACAGGGGCCUGACCGGGCCAACGUCCAGGGUCAUCGCCGACAUGGUGGCCUUUAUCGAGCCGCACCUGUCUGAUGCCCCCGGGGCGCCGCCCGUCUUCAUCAUGGGCCACUCCAUGGGCGGCGGCCAGGUUCUCACGCUUGCCUGCGACGAGCAGUACCAGGACCGUAUCGUCAGCCGAGUGCGCGGCUGGCUGCUCGAAAGCCCCUUCAUCGGGUUUGCACCCGAGCUGAAACCCGGUUUCAUCAAGGUGUACGGCGGCCGAUUCGCGAGCAAGAUUUUUCCACAUCGGCAGAUGGUCAACCAGAUCCCGCCUGAAGACCUGUCACGCGACCCGGAGGUUCAGAAGAGCAUCGCGGCGGAUGAGCUGCUCCAUAACACCGGGACCUUGGAAGGUUUGUCGGGAAUGCUGGACCGCACGGAUGGCUUGACGCGGGGAACGAUCAGGCCGGUUGGAGGAGAGAAUACUAAGAUCAAGGCGAUCUGGCUUGGCCAUGGUUCGAGUGAUAAGGCGACAGAUUAUAAUGCCAGCAAGCGGUAUUAUGAUCGUGUUAUUGCGAGCACGGUGAAAGAUAGAAUGUUCAAGCGGUAUGAGGGGUGGUUUCAUCAGUUGCAUGCUGAUGGUCCAUGUAGUGAGGAGUUCUACAAGGAUGUUGGCGAUUGGAUCUUGGAGAGGAGCGAGGAUCCAGAUUCGGGGAAGUUUGAGGCCAAGAUUUGAAAUGGAGUUUGUAAGAGUAUAUAGGACAAAGACGAUAUGGACUGCUUGAAUUGAGGCUCCUGGGGACUACAUAGCAUCAGGUUGGUUAGAAUCAUCUACUAUAUCUAUCC